AUGAAUGGAAAUCUCAAAAAUGACAAAAAUUUUACGUUUGGAAAUGAAUGGGAUGAAUUUAGUUUUAAAGAUAACGAAAAAAAUUGCUUAAAUAAAAGUAAUGUUAAUCCCAGCCAAAUAAAUGAAAUGGAUUUUUUCUUUGAAAAUUACAAUAAUAAAAAUGAUGCUAAUAUUUUGCAGUUUUCUAAUAAAUGUACUUCAAAUAGUAUAAGUGGGAAAAAUGAAAUGCACACAAAAUAUGAUGUAAAUGGAAAUAGCGACACAAAAUAUGAUGUAAAUGGGAAUAGCGACACAAAAUUUAAUAAAUAUUUAACAAACAAUGUUAACAAUUCUUUAUGGAAUGAAUCUAACGAAAGUUAUAAUAUCGUUAAAAAUAAAAAGGAAAGAAAUAAAACACCAAUAAAAAAACAAGUUCAAAACUCGGAUAAACUAAUUUCAAGUAUGAAUGAAAUUAGUAACCCCUUUGAUGUACAAUCAAAUGGACAAAAAUUAAAUCCGGAUUCGACCUUCGAUUUGUGGGAAAAGUUUACAGAAUAUGAUAAAGAAUAUGAACUUACGGGAAAUGAAUCGUUUUAUGAAAAAAAAAAAAAAAAAAAAAAUUUAGAUGAUUAUAUAAUUCACUCUGGAAAAGGAUCCCUAAAUAAUUCUAAUAUAUAUAAGAAAGGUGGUACUGAAAAUGGUGAAAAUAAUGAAAAUGUUGAAAAUGGUGAAAAUGGUGAAAAUGAGAAUAGAAUUAGGGUAAUGUCAAAGAGUAAUCGAAAUGUAGUUAAAGGGGAUGAAAAAAUAAAAAAUUCAAUUGAUUAUCAUAAAAAAUGUGAAAAACAAAAUACAUUAACAAAGAUUGAUUCAUUUUAUGAAGAAGAAUUUACAACAAGUUUAAAAAAUGGAAAUAAAUUAAAUGAUGAUAUCAAUUUAAUUUCUGAACAUGACAUACAAAUUGAAUGUUAUUCCGAUAAAAGCAUUUCACAAUGUAAAGUAGUAAAUAAUAAAAUAAGCAUAAAAAAAAAAAAUGACAUAUUAUUGGGAGAAGACUAUGAAAAAAAUAUUUACAAAAAAAAUAAAGACAUAUUUAUCAAUAGCAAUGAUAAUAAUAACAAUAAUAACAUCUUAUCGGACUCGAAACAUUCUAUUAGCAAUUUGCAAAUUAAUGAUAAAGCGAUAAAAAAAAAAACAGAAUCCCCGAAUAGCAAUUAUACUAGCAGAUAUCGUUAUAUUGGUAACGAUAAUAAUGGUGAUAAUGAUAAUGAUCUUGAAAAAAAAACAAAAGAAAAGAUUCCGAAAAAAAAUAUUUCAACUCAAGAAUUAAUAAAUAGUUAUAAAGAUUGUACUAACAAUAGUGUGGAUAUUUUGGUAGAUGAACAAAGUAAAGACGAAAUACAAUUAAAAAGAGAGAUAAAAAAAAAAAAAAAAAUAAUGAAACCUAUAAAUAAUAAAAAUACAUCACAAUCAUUUACUAGUGUAAUAGAUGAUUCUGAAAAUACAUAUUAUGAUAAUACAAAAUUUUCUGAACAAAGUAGUAGUAAUUUGUUAAAGCUAGAUGAAAGUUCAGAAUUUUUUUGUAACUCUAAUAUGAUGGAUGAUGAAAAAAAAAAAAAAAUAAAAACUAAGAAAGGAACUAAAGAUGAAAAAAAUUUAAAAAAAAAAAAAAUGGAAGAUAUGGAUAAUAAUAAAAAGGAAAUAGAAAUGGAAAUAGAAAUGGAAAUCGAAAAAAAUAAAUCUGAGAUAUCAAAACAAGCAGAACAAAGUUAUUCAUUUGAAUCUAUAAAAACGAAUAAUAAUAGUAGUAAAUCUUUUGAUGAAAUUAAAGAAUAUUUAAAUAAUAAAAACACAAAAGAAACGAACUAUAAUUAUAAUUCAAUUGAUGAUAUAAAUGAAAAUUUUAAAUUAAAAAAUAAAACAUUAGAAAUAAAAAAAAAACAAACUAUACGUACUAAUAGUAAAAAUACAAUUUGUUCUAGUGACAAAGAAAAGAUUCGAAACAAUUCAAACUCAAAAGAAAAAUUAUCAAAAGUGGUAAAAACAAAAGAACGAAUAAAAGUUGGAGAUAUAGCUGACGAAUUGGAAUUAGAAAUAGAAUCAAACGAAACGAAAAUGAAGAGAGAAAAUGUGUGUGAAAAAAAAGGAACCAUAAAACAAAAAGGAAAUGAAAAUAUCAAAACGAAUCGAGAUAAAAAAAUAACUGAAAAUGUAAAAAAAAUUAGUGAAUCCAAAUUUUAUAAUGACAAUAGCAAUAGCACAAUGAACAGCAACUUUAGUAAUUAUUCGAAUUUAAAAAAAAAAAAAAAAAAAAAAAUUUCUGAUAAAAUAACUGUUUUGCAUUCAACUCCAAAUUUGUCUAGAAUAAAUACAAAUUUAAUAGAAGAAAAUAACAAGAAUAAAGAUUGUGACGAAAAGGAAAUAUAUGCUGAUAUAUUAGUAGAUGAUAAAAUAAUCCAAAAAGAAAACAUAAAAAAAAAAAAUGAUAUUAAAAAUGUUAUAUACAGAGAUAUACAAACAGAUGGAACUGCAAAUUCAAAUAAAUUUAUUGUAAAAAAAAAAAACGAUUUUUCCAUAGAUGGAAAUGAAACGUGUGGUCAAGAGGUUGUGGAGGAUGAAGUAGAAAAGAAAGAAGAAAAGAAAGAGGAAAUUUUAGAAAAUGGUCAAAAUGUAGAACAAAAUGUAGAACAAAAUGUAGAACAAAAUGAAUCGUUCGUCAUCCAAAAAGGACGGAAAUUUAAAAAUAUGUUUAUUUCAUUUAUUAAAAGAGAAAGCUAUAAAAAAGAUGAAGUAAAUGAACAAGUUGAUGAGAAUAAAAUUAUAACAAAAAAAGAAUUUAUUAAAUGGAAUGAAAUGAAUUUAAAUAUAUAUAACGAAAAUAUGAACAAAGAAAAGACGGAAUCAAAUUUGCGUGAAUUUGAAAUAAAAAAUAAAUCAACUAAUAACGAAUUGGAUAAUAUAAAUUCAAGCAAAGUUAUUGAAAAAUAUAAAAAUGGUUUAAAUAAUGAAGAUAACAAAAUAUUUAAUAAUGAUACAAUAUCUGAAAAUACAUCAAAUUCAAAAAAAAAAGCAAAUACAAUUUAUAAUAAUUUUUUAGAAAGCUUAAAACAUCCAUCUUGUAAAACAGUAAUAGAUAAAGUAAAAAAUUUUAUUAUAAAUUUUCCACAAAAUUCAAAUAGAGAAGAAUCAGCAAAUAAGAUUCAUAGAUUCAUAAAUGAAACACAACCUAUUUUGUUAAAAUCAAGUAUAUAUAAAAAUUUAAACCCUGAUCAAAUAAAUAUUAUUAUUCAAGGGUUUGAAAAAUUUAUAAUACAAAAAUUAUAUUUUUAUUUAUAUCGUAUGGAUCCAAAUGAUAAAGAUCAUGAUGAACAAAUUUAUACAAAAAUAAAUUGUCUUCAAUGGGUAGAAUUAAAGCAUUUAGAAAUUUCUGAAAAUAUAGAUUUGAAUCGUUUGAAAUUAGCACAAAAUGAACUUUUAAAAAUUCCGAAAAUGAAAGCACCUUAUGAUAAAAUAAUUAUGAUACUAAAUUGUUGCCGUAUUGUUACAUCUAUUUUAUAUGAAGCAAAAAAAAUUGUUAGAAAAAAAAAAAAAAAAAAUGAUAAAAAAUUAAAGAUUCCAAAGGAAGAUAAUCAACUUAUAACAAAUGAAUCUACUCUUUCCGAGAACGGCUUUUCACUAAAGGGGGAUACUAAACAUGUUCGUGAAAGUGGGCAUGCUCGUGAAAGUGGCCAUGCUCGUGAAAGUGGUCAAGUUAUAAGUUCAAUCGAUUUAAUUAGCAUCAAAGAUAAAUUUUCAACACGUUUGUUUGGGUUCGGCGAAAAUAAAAAUGGCAGCAGUUUUGGAAGCGGAAUUUGGAAUGUAGGCAAAAAAAAUGGUUCUAAAAAAGAUGUAGAUGUAGGUGAAAAUGGAGAGGAUGAUGAUGAAGAAGAUGACGAUGAAGAAGAUGACGAUGAUGAAGAUGACGAUGAUGAAGAUGACGAUGAUGAAGAUGAUGAUGAUGAAGAUGAUGAUGACGAGUUGUUGCCAUGUGCAGAUGAAGUUCUUCCUUUACUUAUAUAUGUAAUAAUAAAAACAAAUCCACCAGAAUUAAUUUCUAAUAUUUCAUUUAUUCAACAUUUUCGACAUCCAAAUAAUUUUGUUUCCGAAGAGGCAUAUUCUUUUACACAGUUUUGUAGUGGUGUUGAAUUUAUUAAAGAACUUGGCAAAAGUACAUUUUUAAAUAUCUCUGAAAAAGAAUAUAAAGAAAAAGUUAAUAAGGCCGAAAAAUUUUAUUUAAAUGAAGUAAAAGAGAGUAAUAAGAAGUUACAAGAAACGGCUGGCAAAUUAAAUGAUUUUAUAAAAUUGUCAAAUGAAAAAAAAUUAAAUAAUAAUAUUAUUAAUAAAAUAGAAUCAAUAAAAUUAAAGUUUGAAAAUGUAGAAAAUUUGAAUUUAGUUACUAUUUCAGAAUUAUCAUCACUUUUUGAUGAAUAUAAAAUUCUUGUUAGAUUAAAAAAUACUAUUUUAAAAGAUUUGCAAGAUCAUGUUUAA